AUGCCGGGCCAAGCCGGAAAGUACGAGUGGUCCUACAACGGGGAGGACGACAGCGAGGAGAUCAAGGUCCUCGUCCCGGUGGAGGAAGGCAUCAAAUCGAAGGACUGCGAUGUGAAGAUCACCAAGAAGGCAUUGAAGGUUGGCUUGAAGGGGCAGGAGCCGGUGAUUGACGAUUCCCUGUGGAAGGAGGUGGAUGCAGAGGAAUCGAGCUGGGAGCUGGAUAAGGACAGCAAAGGAAGGAGAUGCAUUGUCGUGGUGCUGAUGAAGAAGUCCAAGUGGGACAGGUGGGAGUUCCUCCUGAAAUGCGAGGACUUGCCGCCAGACACCUCUGUCACACACAAGGACGUCUUCAUGGACAUCUCCUUGGAUGGCCAAAAAGCUGGCAGGAUCGUCAUGGGCCUCUACGGCAAGCAGGUGCCAAAGACGGCCGAAAACUUCCGGGCGCUUUGCACUGGCGAGAAGGGCGAGGGAAAAGCUGGGAAGCCUUUGCACUUCAAGGGCAGCAGCUUUCAUCGCAUCAUCCCGAAGUUCAUGUGCCAGGGUGGUGACUUCACCCAUGGCAACGGCACCGGCGGCGAGUCGAUUUACGGAGAGAAGUUCGCCGACGAGAACCUCCGCAUCAAGCACACCAAGCCUGGGCUGCUGAGCAUGGCGAAUGCCGGGCCGGGCGGUAGCCAGUUCUUCAUCACGGUGAAGGACACGCCACACCUGGACGGCAAGCACGUGGUCUUCGGCGAGGUGCUGGAGGGCUACGAGGUGGUCAAGAAGAUGGAGGAGGUCGGGCAAUCGUCUGGAACACCGAGCAAACAGGUGGUGAUUGAAGAUUGCGGCGAGCUGUGA